UGUGUGUGUGUGUGUGUGUGUGUGUGUGUGUGUGUGUGUGUGUGUGUGUGUGUGUGUGUGUGUGUGUGUGUGUGUGUGUGUGUGUGUGUGUGUGUGUGUGUGUGUGUGUGUGUGUGUGUGUGUGUGUGUGUGGAGUUUGCGUCUGCGUCUGCGUCGUUGUCUCGCUAGCAUCAUGACGGCGACUAAGAGGAAGACCGCUUUGCAAGAUUUUUGCAUGUGAUUGGGAGGUUAUCCCCAGUAGUCUGUGAAACUGGACCUGACGCAUCAUUCAUAUUUGGCCCUGCAGAAUGUCCAAAAUCAGGCGGAAGGUUACAGUGGAGAAUUCGAAGACCAUAUCGGACAGCAGCAGUAGCACGACUCCCCCCUCUCGCAGGCCCAGCGUGUUUGAGAGACUCGGGCCUAGCACGCCCAGUAAUGCAGCAGAGACUCAUUGUAGAAACUGGUUAAAGACUGGGAACUGCAGUUACGGUAACACGUGUCGAUACACACAUGGGACCCCAUCACGAGGAAAAGGCUCAUCUGGAACAUUCAACAGGUCAGCCGAGAGGCCCUCUGGGGAUCUCCGGGAGAGGAUGAAAAGUAAGAGACAGGAUGUAGAUGGUGACACACAGAAAAGAGAUACAGACGAGCACACAUCACCCACAACCAGACAGCGAGAUUCAUCCCGAGGCAGACACAGAGAGAAAGAGGAUAUUAAAAUCACAAAGGAACGCACUCCAGCUAGUGAGGAGGAGAGCGCUGAUUGGGAAGCCAGUCGUGAAGAUUCUGACAACGGUGACUACGAUUACGAGUUAUCUCUUGAGAUAAAGAGACGGAAGAUUCAGCGUGAGCUGAUGAAGCUGGAACAGGAGAACAUGGACAAACGAGAGGAGAUCGUCAUCAAGAAAGGGGGCCCUGUCCCCAAGAGCAGGACCAGUAAUACUUCAAAGGGCAGGGUUUCCCCUGAGCGCAGCAGUUCUAAGGGAUCACCCUCGUCCCGUAAAUCCAGCUCACCCAAACGUAAAGCAGGCAAGGUUGGGAGCUCCAGCAAGAAAGAGAAGAAGUCCUCUACUUCCUCAGUCAUCUCCUCUCCAGUUUCUGACCAGACCAGGGCAGAGGAAAAGGACAGCAGGUCAUCUAAGAGUGGCCAUGGCAAAAGAAAAGGGCCACAAACGCCCAGUCCUCCUCCACCUGUCCCUGUGGAGAACCCAGUGACUGGGAAGAAGCACAAAAAUAAACACAAGAACAAGGAGAAAUGUGAGGACAAACCUAAAGAAGGCAAAGAACGAGGACGAGAUACGGAGAAACACAAAGAGAAAAAGGAAAAACGCAGGGACCGGUCUGAUAGUUCCCAUAAAGCCAAACGCUCGGUAACAUCAGAGGAACGCUCUGGAAGUCUUUCCCCACCCUUAAGGGAACCGUCACCCCCAGCCAGAAGGAGGUUAUCCUCCCCUAAACCCACUUCCCAAAAACAGUCUUCACAGCAGAGGUCUAAAACUCCUCCCCGUCACUGCCGCAGCCCAUCCCCUCCCUCCCGACAGCACCACUCCCCAUCUUCACGCUCUGGCUCCUCAGCCCAGAGACACUCCCCAUCUCCUCCCCACAGACAGGGUUCUGUCUCUCCUCUUUACCAUGGCCUUCCUCCUCCAUCUUCAUCUUCACCACCUCCCACUCAGUCCUCGCGCUGCUCCCGGUCCCCGCUCACCCCACAGAGAGAUCCUUCUCCAACACCCGCUCCUCGCAGGUCCAGCCCCAGCCCCAGCCCCAGUGCCCGUCACCGCUCCCAGGGUAGAGAAAGAGAGAGGGGGAGAUCAGAGCGGGACAAGAGUCCUGCACUGCAAGAGAGACGGCAUGAGCGCAGAGACGAGAGCCGCGGGAAGCGUGAGAAAGACAGCAGCCGUGACGAGCGAGACUAUGAGGUCGAGCAGAGCUCCUCUCGAGAUGACCGCGAUGCAAAGGAUGGCCGAGACCGGCGCAUUGAACGGGAUAGAAGAGAUGUCCGGGAAGAGCGCCAGCACCGCGGGGAGCUCAAAGACACUCGGGAUACCCGUGCAGGAGAAACACGAGACCGCUCCGGACGAGAAUCCCUGGAGCACAGAGAGAGAGACCGAGACCGGGACCGGGAGAGAGAAAGAGAGAGAGAACGAAGCGAAACCCAUAGAAAGGAGGAAAUGACACCCCAGGAGGAAAGGAAUUAUGGAAGAGGACAUGGAAGGGAGGAAUUGAGAAAUGACAGUAGAGUGGACAACAGGAAUGAGUCUCGAGCUGAAAGAACAGGAAGAGGAAGGGGCCGAGGGGAUGCCACAGUCAAAGGUUCUGCUCGUGCUGGUAGAGCGUCACAGGCUGACACUUGCAGUGCGAGUGGGCAUGACAGCUGGGAGUCCCGCAGCAGUGGUCUCAGAGAGAGGAGCUCAGAGAGAAACACUGAUCGUGAUCGCUACAAUAAUGACAGACCGAGAGGAGAACAGCCCAGAGAUGAACGACGGGGAGGACAUGCAGAGAGAGACCGCCGUGACUACAGAGAAAGAGAACAAAGAGCGCCUUCUCCUGUCCGCCAGCAAAACCGCAGUGAGCACCUCGAUCGUGAAGAGAGAAGAGAUGAUCGAAGGAGUGAUCGGGCAGAUGACAGACGAGAUGACCGGACCCGUGAGAGAGAGAAGGACAGGGAGAGAGAAAGAGAGAAGGAGAGGGAGAGAGAGAGGGAGAAAGAACGGGAAAGGGAGGCUGAAAGAGAGCGGGAAAGAGUCCGGGAGAGGGAGCAGGAGAGAGAGAGGGAAAGAGAGCGAGAGAGGGAGAGGGAGGAGCGAGAAAGAGAGAGGGAAAGAGAAAGAGAAAGAGAGGAGCGGGAAAGGGAGCGAGAAGAGCAGGAGAAAGAAAGGGAACGAGAGAGGAAGGAGAGGGAACGGGAAAGGGAGCAGAGAGAGAGAGAACGGCAGAGGGAGUGGGAUGAGAGAGAAAAAGAGAGGGAAGAGAGACGAAAAAAAAAAGAUGAUUCGAGAGAUGACCGCUCCGCUCGAGAUGCUCAUGAAGAGAGAAAGAACACUCGUAAGAGACGUGCUGAGAACACUCCCAGUCCACGACCGUCUCCUAAAAGAGGGCGAGAUGUGAGCCCUGCAGACAGUGACAGUUACAACAGGACGGAGGAGAAAGGUGAUAAGCACCGACUGUUGAGUCAAGUGGUUCGUCCUCAAGAAACGGUCCGCUCUCCUGUCCGCUCUCCUGUCCGCUCUCCUGUCCGCUCACCUGCCCGCUCCUUUACUGAUGAUAAACACAAGCGCUGGAAAGAUGAGGAUAAAAAAGAAAGCCGUGGCCGAAAUGAGGAGGUGGAUUCUCGCGGUGAGAGAGCAACAGGAAGAGGAACAGAGCGACAUGGAGAACAUACUCCAGACAUUUCUGCUACAGGCAUUUCUGAGUCCAGAAGAGGAAAAGAGCAGAGGGACAUCCCUACUGCCGCGCUUACUCCUCCUCCUCUUUCUGUAGACUCUUUAUUAGCUGUUCAUGAAGAGGGGAAGAAAAAGACUAAAUCUCAGAAGAAAAUUCUGAAGAAGAACCGUAAAGAGGAGGAAUCUGGCGGAGGGGACCGUAGUAACCCUGAACCCCCGUCCUCCUCCUCUAUAGCUGAAGCCCCCCAGGCUCUCCUCUCACCUCGCAAGACAGCCAAGAAGAAGGUCUUAGAAAGGAAGCGCAAGCGCUCACAAGGUCCUGAGUCAGAUGUUUCUGAGGACGAGUUGGUUGCCCAGCAUCCCCUUACUAAGAGGCGACGAGGUCCACGCACUCCUCCGCCAGUCAGCAAGGAGGACCUUCCCUCCCAGAGGGCUUUAACGGCUGGACAGAGUUCCCUCUCUGCUAAAAUAGAUGCCAACUUCAGCGACUGGUCUGACGAGGAUGUACCAGAGCGAGGCGAGACCUCCUCUGCCUCCCUGCAAUCUAAUAGGCCUCCGGAGCGGCUGCUUCCCUCUGAACGUGCCCCUAGAAGGGGUGCACGCGGUGGCGGUCGGGACCGUUCGGACCCCCCAAUCGCCCCCCUGCUCCCUGACCCUCCAAUGCUGAUACAGUCUCUUCCUUUACAACCGUUACUGCCGCAACACAUGCUGCGUAAACCUCAGCAAGCAGACAUGCAGCAGCGCAGCAACCAAAGCCGCGCUCCUUCGAGAAGACUACGCUCGCCCUCCAAUGAGACUGCCCACCGCGAUGAAGGUCCUCAGGGACUCAGGACCCGCAGAGGACUCAUGCAAGGUGGCAAUAUUCGAGAGAGAGAGCGAGAGAGGGAACGGGACAGAGAGUGGGAACGAGAGAGGGAGAGAGAGCGGGACAGGGCAGUGGCCAGUGAACAGAUGGGAGGAGAGAGGAUGUCGAGGAUUGAUCAGCUCCGCAGAGGAGAACCCAGUCGAAGUACUUCCUCAGACCGGCAGGACUCCCGGAGUCACAGUUCUCGUCGUAGUUCACCAGAGUCUGAGCGCCAGGCUCGCUCCAGAGCCGGCUCCUACGAGAGCCGCGAGCGAGACCGGGAGCGAGAUCGGGAUCAGUUGGAUCGAGAGCGUGAGAAAAAGGAUCCCCGUCUGAUGCAAAACCAACAAGCUCCACAGCGAGACUGGGACCUAGAACCCCGUGAGUGGGGUGGGCGGGGCAGAGAGCCCCUCCUCCGUGGCAACCGUGAGCCAGUUAGAGAGAGAGACUUGCGGGAGAUGCGUGAAAGGGAACGACCCUUACCUGAAGGGCUGCUGGCACAUGAGCGAAUGGAUCGUGAGCGUGGUGAAAGGGACCGUGAACGGGAAAGGAUGCUUCUGUUUGACCCUCAGGCUCACAGGGAACCAAAGAGCAGAUCUGAAACUAAGAUGGAGAGGGGAGAGUAUGUGCCGCUGUUGCCCAGAGAAGCCCUAAUGGAUGUAGAGAAGCCAACAGACAACUCACAGCUGCAAGGGGAAGCAUCUGAACCGAAAAUGGACAGUCUUGAUGAAGAGGAGGAUGGAAAGGGGGAUGAUGCGCAGUCUGCUGUCUCAGGUGGUGAGGAGUAUGAGCCAAUCAGUGAUGAUGAACUGGACGAGAUUCUGGCUGACAGUCAAAAGAGGGACGAACAGCAAGAUGAUGAAAAGAUUUCUGGGCCUCUAGAUGUGAUUGAUGUAGAUUGGUCCAGUUUGAUGCCCAAGCAAAAACAGGAGCCUAGAACUCCUGGGGCAGCGCUGCUCCGAUUCACCCCGGGGGCUGUAUUGCUCAGAGCAGGGGUGUCCAGACGCUUAGCUGGGCCUCAGCUCCUUGCCAGAGUUAAAGAAGUGUGUUCCAGAGAGUUGGAAGACCCUAAAGAUGCUGAUAAACUCUUGGAGCAUGAUCUGGGUGCUCUGAACAUGGCUGCAUACAACAGGAGAAUGGAGAGGGCCAACCUACUGAGGAGCCUGGGCCCUUGCUGCAAGGCACUGUGUGCUCGCAGAGACAUUGCCGUACGCAGACAGCUCCUGAAAAACGACAAGGGCACAACCAAGCAGAUCUACACCAGCACUCCGGUGGUAGACAAUGAACUUAUGCAAUGCAGUUUACGUCUCUUUAAAAAGAAACUGGCCUCCAGCCUGUCCAGUGGACAGAAGACUGAUGCAGCCCAACACCUGAGCACACCAGCAGAGCUGUGCGUCUCCUGAUUGUGCUCAGUGAGUACAGUCUGAAAGUCCUGAUCACACAUCACUGCGGAUGAAGGAUUGCUGCCCUAAACCUCAGAAGAAAUGCAGAGACUGGACAUACUAGCCUGUGGAGAUGCGGUCUAAAGUUUCCCAACCCUUCAACUUUAAACCAGAAGUGUGAUAACCAUACUGCACAAGGACUUUGUCAUUUACAUUUGUUUUAGAGAAGAUUUUUUGUAAAAUCAGAGGUGUGAACAAUGGUUGCUGAAUGUUUGUAGGAUAUACAAUGGGUGCUGAAGAUAUACAUACAAAUGACUGUAUUUGUUAUGUGUAUCUAACUUCUGUUCCCCUUGUUUUUCAGUUUUGUUUUAAGAUAUUUGUGUUUAGUCUCAGCACUCUUGUUCGAAGUGAUUCCCUGUUUUAUUAAAACAUGAUUCAACAAAAAAAAAAAGGAUGUUUAGUGUAUCAACCUUGUUGCUUUAAAGUGGUAUCUGUAUUAUAAACCUAUAAAAAUGUAUUACGGAAACAGGAUGUUGUUUUAUUACAUCCGUACUACGUGUAAAUAAAAUAAAAGGUUAAGGUUUACAUUA